AAAAAUCAAAAUGCCAAAAUUAUGGAACUCGAGGAGAAGAUGAGAAGAAUGGAAAGACGACCAUAUCAGGUAAAUUUCUAACAACUGUAAUCAUCCUUUAUUUUGUGGACUAACCUUUAUGUAUUCCAAUCAUAGGAAAUUUCAGAUCUAAUGGCUACAAUUGGGAUCGAACCUUCGGUCAAUGGACACAACUCAAACAGAAAAAGAGUGCUUGCUCCUCCGGUUGAUGGACCCCAACUUGUUAAAAAACCAUCUAAUUUACACAACAAGCCAAGUAUGUCAAACAAUUCAGAUUUACAAGUAUCAAACAAGAAUUAUGUUUCAGAUAAGAACAAAGAAACUAUGGUUCAUAAUGGUGGCAGUGCACGACAACUAGAAAAAUGUUUUGCUGGACACAAGAAUGUUGUGCGAAACCAAGAAGCUUUUGAUCAUAGUUACACUGCUCAGCAAGGGGAAACAAAUUCUGCUACACAUAAGGUAUGUUUCUGUUACCAUACACAAUAUGUUCAAAAUAUAUUGCUCCGUUGUUUAUGUAUCUACUCGUCGUCUUGCUAUCAGAAUGUUGUUCAGAACAAAGAAACUUUGCUUCAAAAUUGCUAA